CCGAGAGGCGCCUUUUCUGAGAUCUCGCGCAGAAAGCAGGCACGCGCUUUUGGAAGCCGACACUGUUUUUAGGCCAAAAGUAAAGAAGAAGCAAACUUACUCCGCUUAGCUCAGUUAUACUACAUGGCUACUAAAAAGAAGCGGACGUCAAACGUAGAUAAUGACAGCUGGGUUGUCAUCGCUCCAGACUCUAUCAACGACACGCACAAACACGACGGUGAUCCAGCUUUUGUGAGACUAAGGAAUCCAUCAACAGAUGCAGCAUCUCUGUAUAUGCUGGGUGGUGGGGAUGUGCAGCUGUAUGAGGUCAAAGCAUUUGAAGAUGAUUUCCAUUCUUGGUUUGUUGGCCAGACUGUGCAGAGAGAUGGGAGACUGAUCUUUGUAACACCCUUGGAUCCUCUCUACCUAAUUUUGCCAUAUUUGAUUAAAUCUGGAAGAGAGGGAAAGUUCCAGCCUGUGGAUCAAGUUGUUAAGGAUGAAGAAUUCCCAGCUUGCUCAAGGCUGCUUAACUGCACUCGUACCCUGGCCUCCUUGCGCCACAUUGCUGAAGAAAAAGAGGUGGGAGGCUUGAAGUUUCAUCGAUACAGUCAAGAGAGGACUAUGAACUGGUUAAAGAAAAAGGUGGAGAGGACCGUUAUUGCCCUAAAGAAGAGAAAUGUCUCCGUUGGAGAAGGAGUGAAGUCCUCAACAUAUGUCAGAGUAAAGUCAGAGUCAGACAACCAAGAGGAGGACUUCCUACGGUAUGCCCAUGGCCUGAUAUCUGAGUACCUCAAUGAAGACCUGAGCAAAGCCCUCCUCAGACACUUGGAGUUACCAGAGCUGGUGAGCCCAAAGGAGACAGAGCCUCCUUCUAAGAAGCGGAAACUUUCAGACAAGCCGGUGGAGGCUGGAGAAGACUACACCAAAUUCAACAGUGCAGACUUUGCGCGGAAACCGCCCAAGAAGAUGACGGCAGCUCAGAAAAGUCUGGCCAAGGUGGACAAGACAGGCAUGAAGCCAAUGUCAUCCUUUUUCAGCCCCAAAGUCAAAGCAGAAAAGAAAUGAAUGUUGUUUGUGUCUGAUUUGUAUAUGACAUUUCUAAUAAAGAAAAAAAAAGUAUUUGAAAAUAUUCUUUUUAAAUAGUUUGAAGGUAAAGGGAUCAUAGGGCAUAAUUUAG